AGUCUUCUCCCGUUACUCUGGGUCUGGAAGGGCUAGCUAAGGAAUCAAGGAUGAAGCUCCUUUUUGUAGCUGCCUUUGCACUCUUUGUGCUCUCUUCAAUUGACAAGGCUGACUCUUCAGCUUAUGACAAAAUAGUCUCUCACAGUCGCAUCAGGGCAAGAAAAGAAGGACCCAAUGUCUGCGCACUCCAGCAAGUCAUGGGGACCAAGAAGAAGUACUUUAGCACUUGUCGUAAUUGGUACAGAGGGGCCAUCUGUGGAAAGAAAGCGACUGUGCUUUAUGAGUGCUGUCCAGGGUACAUGAAGCUGGAGGGCAUGCGUGGUUGCCCUGCAGUGGCCCCAAUUGACCAUGUCUAUGGCACCCUGGGUCUGGUGAAGGCCACCUCAACCCAAAGAUACGCUGACAUUUCUAAGCUAAGACCUGAGAUUGAGGGAUCUGGAUCCUUCACCUUCUUUGCCCCCAGUAACGAUGCCUGGGAGCUUUUGGAUGAGACAGUGAGGAGCGCACUGGUCAGCAAUGUGAACAUUGAACUGUUCAACGCUCUGCAUUAUCACAUGACCUUCAAACGCCUCUUGACCAAAGAUUUAAGGAAUGGGAUGCAAGUCACCUCCAUGUACAAUGACCUUGGUCUCCAAAUUAACCAUUACUCCAAUGGGGUGGUGACUGUGAACUGCGCCAGGAUUAUCCAUGGUAACCAGAUUGCCACCAAUGGAGUUGUGCAUGUCAUUGACCGUGUUAUCAGCGCUGUUGGAAACACAAUCCUGGAUGUCAUCGAGAUUGACGAUGACCUGACAACUCUGAGUGAUAUGGCUCAAAACACUGGACUGUUGGAGAAGCUGGGUAAGCCAGGACAUUACACUCUCUUUGCCCCCACCAACAAAGCCUUUGAGAGCCUGGGCAGCGAAGUGUUGGAGAGACUAAGGAGCGACAAGAAGGUCCUUGAAGCUCUUCUUAAUUUUCACCUCCUGGACUCAGUUCAGUGCUCUGAGGCCAUCAUGGCUGGCAGCUCUUAUGAGACAAUGGAGGGCAACAACAUUGAGAUCGGCUGUGAUGGCGAAAGUUUAACAGUCAAUGGCAUCAAGAUGGUGCUCAAGAAGGACAUUGUCACCACCAAUGGUGUUGUCCACCUUAUUGACCAAGUGCUCAUGCCAGACUCAGCUAAGCAGGUGAUGGAACUGGUGGGAAGUUCCCAGUCAACCUUUGGUGACAUGGUGUCCGAGUUGGGCCUUUCUGCUGCCAUGAGACCAGAGGUUGAGUAUACUUUGCUGGCUCCCCUCAACACUGUUUUCAAUGAUGAAGUGAUGUCAAUGGAUCAGAGCUUGCUCAAGAUUAUCCUGGAGAACCACAUCUUGAAGAGUAAGAUUGUCCUGGGACAGUUAUACAAUGGCCAGCGGCUGGAGACCAUUGGAGGAAAACUUCUGAGGGUCUUCAUCUAUCGCACAGCUGUGUGCAUUGAGAAUUCCUGUCUGAUAAGAGGCAGUAAAGAAGGAAGCAAUGGGGCCCUUCAUCUCAUGAGGACUCUGUUAAAACCGGCAGAAAAAACUAUGUUUGAGAUUCUAACAGAAAAUGAAGGGUUCAAGAUCUUUUUGUCUCUGAUGGAAGCUGCUGACUUGACUGACCUGCUGAAACAAGAGGGGGACUUUACUCUGUUCGCCCCAAGCGAUAAAGCUUUCUCUGGUUUGAGCGACAGUGAUUUCGUCUUGUUGAAGAGUGACAUAAAUGCUCUCAGAACCAUCCUUCUGUAUCACAUCAAUAAUGGUAUCUUCAUUGGUGGUGGUUUGGAGGCUGGGGUGACAAACCUUCUCAAGUCUCUCCAGGGCAGCAACCUCAAAAUUAUGUUUGCAAACAAGACUAUGCUAGUGAAUUCUGUCCAAGUCCCUGAAUCUGAUAUCAUGGCCACAAAUGGAGUCAUUCACUUCGUCAAUCAAGUCUUGUAUCCUGGAGAUAUCCCUGUUGGAAGCCAGGAUCUCCUCACACUAUUGAAGAGGCUCAUCACUUACAUGCAAAUCAAGUAUAUUUCAGGAUUCAGAUAUCAGGAAAUUCCCCUUACAUUUAUGAAGAGGAUCAUCACUCGUGUCGUCCAGGAAGUUCCUGAUGUAACCAAAGUGACAAGGGUUGUCCAAGGGGAACCCUCUAUCACAAAGGUUACCAGGGUCAUUGAAGGUCAACCCUCCAUCACCAAGGUUACGAGGGUCAUUGAAGGUCAACCCUCCAUCACCAAAGUCACCAGGGUUGUCUCAAGCCCUCAGUACUCAGUCAACACUGGCACCACCAACAUCAACCUGGAAGGAGCUGACCUUUCAGAAAUUGCCAACAUUGAAGGGAACCCUAAUUUUGGCUCUGAAAGACUUACCAAAAUUAUCCAAGAAGGCAGCUCAAGAAGAACCAAACCAAGAGUUUUAGCUGGCAACAGGAGGAGGGGAAGGGACUGAGCAUGGACAGAUGAGAAUAUCAACGUUGUAAAGGCAGAGAGAGACACCAAACCCAGAGGUUGAAACUGGAGUUUUAACACAGCGGAUACACUUAAAAUGUCAGUGUUUGUCAGUGAAGUACAACUGACAAAAAGAAAACUAAUUUCAUAAACAAUUCAGUGGUGCUUUGAAUGUAUAUCUAUUAUGAGUGUGCAAUGUCUGAAAAGAGUCUUUUAAUUCAACACAUGUUAACAGUGUUCAAAUGAACAUUUUGGCAUGACUUUAAAGACAUGGAUCAAGUCAGGGUAGCAAUAAAAUCUUUUAAAUCCAAGCCAUUAGGGGACCAAUAAAACAUUUCAAUUCUAAACUUCUCUAUGCCUCUGCUAGAAGUGAAGGUUAAAGCAAGGAGAUUUUACUAGCUGUUUGGGAAGAUUUAUAAAUCUCAGCAUGAUAAAAUUUUAAAAAGAAAUAAUGAUGUGUUUUCAGACUUAAACUGUUACAUACUUUUAAUUUCUCUGGCUGUAAAUUGUUUAAGGGUUUCAUGUAAAUGGUUUCUCUGCUUGUAUCAUUUGGAAUGAUGUAUUCAACAACAGGUGUUCUCCUGUUUAUUUUUCAUCUUUAACAUCUUCCAAUAAAGUGCAUUCUUUGAUAUAAAUAUGCCAAUUUGAAAAGGGCAUCUGGAGAGAUUAUUGUUUGGAGUCCUUUCUAAUGUACUUGUAAGGCUUGUAAGUUCGACAUUGGCUCAGAAAAGAGAGUCUAAAAUAUCAAAUGUCAAAUCUAAAUAUUAUGUCUGCAUUUUGUAUUUCCAAGAACAAGGUCUUUAAAUUGGACUCUAAGAUUUAUGAGUCAUCCUUUUUAAUGGCCCAUUAAUUUUUCUGUAUGUUUAAGGGGGAGCUGGGCAGUCCACUUUUGGAAACUUCCAAGAGGACAUUAUGUAAAAUAUAAAAUAAACUGGGUUUAAUGUGCAAAACAAA